AUGGUCAACCCCUCCGUCCACGUCGGCCCGGCUGACAUCCCUCCUUCUCUGUCGGACCUCCACUGCUUUACCGAGACGGACGGUGUCAUCACCACAACCAUGUUCGACAUCACCGGCUACCGCAUCGUCAAGGUCCUCGGCGCCGUCUACGGCCUCACCGUGCGCUCCCGCAACUGGGCCGCCUCCCUCGGCAUGGUCCUCAAGUCCGUCGCCGGCGGCGAGCUCCGCUGGUUCACCACCAUGCUGUACAGCUGCCGCAACGACGCCAUUAGCCGCGUCGUCGCCGAGACCAAGGCCCGCGGCGGCAAUGCCGUCAUCGCCCUGCGCUUCGACGCUGGUGAUCUGGGUGGUUUCGCGCAGGUGUGUGCGUACGGCACCGCGUGCGUGGUGGAGAAGAUUGAUGAUACGGCGGCCGAGGUGCCUCAACUUAAGCAGGGUUAA